CUGUGAGUUUUCCCAGUGUUGUUUUUGCUUUUUGGUCCAUUGAGUUGUAUCAUUGAGAUAAGAGCACACCCCUCUAACGCUCUAUGCUUCAAAGCUCAGCCUCAGAACGCUCCUCCUCCUCCUAUUUUCUCUUUGCUAAUCCAUUCUGGAGCUUUGGUUGAGACAUUUUCUGCUCUUUCUGGCCUCUCUGCACUGUGCUUUUCCUCUGCCUCGUUCCCGAGAAGGAGAAGGAAAAACGACAAUGGAGGUCGAUGCGUAUCAUAUAAUUGGAAUCUCCGAUUUUCAUCCUUAGAGUUUAUCAGUCGGCAAGUUGUAGCGAUGGCGUAAAAGCCAGACCCUCUUUGAGCGAAUUUAAUUAGAAGACGCGUCCAUAUAGAGAAGGUGUGAGAAGAUAAUCAGAUAAUGAACAUGAGACUUGAGAGUUGGAACAAGAUAUUACUAAUGACAUGUGUGAUGGCACUUCCUGUUGAUCCACUAUUCUUUUACAUCCCAGAGAUUGACGGCAAGCGAAAAUGCCUUGUUUUGGAUAGGCCAUUGACCAUUACCAUUUGUUCUCUUCGCACGUUCCUUGAUCUUUUCUACAUCAUUCUCCACGCAAUGCUUCAGUUUCGAGCUGGUUUUAUCGCCCCUUCUUCUCGAAUAUUAGGUUCGGAUGUGCUCGUUGUUGAUCCUCAGGCUGUUGCAAAGAGAUACUUAUCAUCAAAAUUCAUCAUUGACAUCCUAUCAAUUAUUCCACUUCCCCAGCUUUUUGCUUUAGCCAUCAUCCCGAUCACAAAUUCAGCAAUUCCAUGUAUAGCAAAAGAGUGCUUGAAGUACAUAGUAGUAGUCCAGUACGUCCCAAGAAUUGUUCGGAUCUAUCCGUUAUUCAGCGAAGUGACUAGAACUUCUGGCAUACUUACAAAGACAGCAUGGGCUGGUGCUGCUUACAAUCUCCUCCUUUAUAUGCUAGCAAGUCAUGUGGUUGGAGCUUUUUGGCACCUAUUUUCGGUAGAAUCAGAGAUUCAAUGCUGGAGCCAAGAAUUGAAGAAUGCGAAUCUAUCAGCGGCUUCAUACAUGAGCUGUGGACAUCAUAAUUCAACUGUCAUAUCACUUCUCAAUAAUGCUUGCCCCCUCAUUUAUCCUGAUGAUAUUGACCACCUCGGAGUGUUUAAUUUUGGAAUAUUUGUCGAUGCUCUAAGAUCCCGUGUGGUGGAAUCAACAACCAAUUUUCCUAAAAAGAUUUUCUAUUGCUUUUGGUGGGGUUUGCGCAAUUUAAGUUCUCUCGGGCAAAACCUCAAAACAAGUACAUCUAUUGAGGAAAUCAUCUUCACUAUCUUCAUUGCAAUCUUCGGGUUGGUUUUAUUCUCGUUCCUCAUUGGAAACAUACAGAAAUAUCUACAAUCCAUGCAAUCUACGGCCAUUAGCGCCGAAGAAAUGAGAGUGAAAAGACAGAUUAUGGAGAAAUGGAUGUCCAACCGUAAGUUGCCUGUGAGCUUGAGGGAAAGAAUCAUGCAGUAUGAACAUUACAAAUGGCAACAACACGAGGGUGUGGAUGAGGAAACACUAAUCAACAGUCUUCCCAAAGAUCUUAGAAGGGACAUAAAGCGUCACCUUUGCUUUGAUUUACUUAAACAAGUGCCCAUGUUUGAGCAAAUGGAGGAGCAGUUGUUGGAUGCACUUUGUGAUAGGCUGAGGUCAGUUCUUUAUACAGAGAAGAGCUACAUUUUUCGCGAAGGAGAUCAAAUCGAUCAAAUGCUCUUCAUUCUGCGAGGAAGCCUCUCUACCAUGACAACCAAUGGUCGAACAACUGGUUUCUUCAACACCUUCGUCAUGAAAGCAGGUGACUUCUGCGGAGAGGAGCUUUUUCCAUGGGCCUUGGAUCCCAACUCCUCAAUUCUUCCCAUUUCAACUAGAACUGUAGUAUCUAUAUCAAAAGCUGAAGCCUUUGCUCUCACCGCUAAUGACUUGAAGUUCGUCGCUUCCCAAUUUCGACAACUUCACAGCAAACACGUCCACCACACUUUUAGGUACCAUUCCCUGCAAUGGAGAACAUGGGCUGCGUGUUUCAUACAAGCAACUUGGCGUCGCCACCUCAGGGUUAAGAUUGCGAAAACAUUACGCGAAGAAGAAGCAGCUUUGGCAGAUGAACAAGGGUCAUCAGCAACCAGUCUGAGUCUGGGUGCUGCCAUAUAUGCAUCCGUGUUUGUCAGCAAUCUCACGCUGCGAAGCUGGCGAACACGUGGCGAGCAAAACCAGAGUUUUCUUUUGAGACUGCCUCCGAAGCCGGACGAGCCUGAUUUCUCAACUUGCAAUUGACUCUCUCCGGUGUUCCUCACAUGUGCUUAAUUAGAAAUUUAACCAUGUUUGCAUGAUGCACGUUCGUAGCUUGUUGAAUUCCGUCGACCAAUUACAUAUUUGUGCGCAAUGAAUUCAAGCUCUCAAUUUGGGGGUCCUUGUU